AUGUCAGGCGUGUGGUCGCUCUUUGGGAUCCUUGGCGUCCUCCGCGCGUGUCUCAUGCUCGUCGUCGGGAUCGCCGGCGCCGAGGCGGCGGGGGUGAAACUGUCGGGUGCAGGGGCGUUCACAGCUCGAAAGACAUCAGGCUCCAGAAGCACAGUGGUGGUUGGCGUACCAUCGGCGAGCGGCCGGUCUAGACUCGGACCCGAUAGUUGGUGGCAAGACGACAAGCAACGACUUUUGGGGCUAGUCGACGAGAGGAAUUCCAACUCCUCGGGGCGGAGGCCGCAUAUCGUUGUCAUUGGGUUCACUAAAUGUCCCUUCACUGGCCCUCGCGCCUUGCGAGAGAGCGCCGACAUCGCCUUCUGCGUCAUUGUUUCCGUCAUUUGCACCAUCGCUCCGUUGAUGGUUUUGAGGCCAACGCACCAAACGUCCACUCUGUGGAUAGCUAUGGUGCCGGUACUGUUGCAAAUUUAUAACGACGCUGGGGCGGCACCGUUGUCCCACCUCCAUGCUUCUGAUCGCUUCUCGGAUGGACUGGACAGCGCUGUAAUCCGUGAUUCCGAUACGGCGAACACAGAACCGAUCGUCAACGAUUGCGAUACAUUGGCAAACUCGUCACGAUCGACCAUGGCAACAGCCGCGGCGAAGACAGGUACCAGCCCACUUGCAGAGCGCAUACUUCCCAAGGAAGCGGUCCACUUCGGUGUCGCUUCUGGACGAAGCAAACUGCUCAACGUGGGCGCCACGAACGUUCGCUUGAAACUCACGGCACUCGACAAGCUCUCAGAGAUCGCGCCGGCGGACAUUAUAGCGGCCCCAUACUGCGAUGUACGCGAAGCUGUUGAGCACAUGCGCGCUCCCCCAUCCCUCAGCGUGAUCCGCCUGCCCUGGUCCUUCGUAGAGACGUACGUAGCCCAAGGACUGAUCCUCGGGAGCAACUCAUGGGCGCUGGGUGGGCUAUAUCUGGCUGCCAUCGUCAGUGUGAGCCGUUUCUGGGGUCUCACGAUGGUGCAUCUCCUCGCGCGCAUACAGAUGGCGCUCAUGGCGAAGACACCUUCAAGCAGGUUACCCGCUCCCGCCCCAAAAUCCCUCGAUCGGCUACGCGACACAGGGAGGAAGGAGUGA